GUUGUGGUUGUGGGUGCCAGCUCUUCCAUGGGAGCCCCGUGUGAAUCCGGCAAGCGCAGGUAUUGAAACUGAAAAUAUUCUUCCCCCACUUCUUCAAGCCUUUUGAAAAGUGACUAAAUGCAACUGGGUCAGGCUGUUUGUGGGUAUGAAGUGGCUGGGAGAAUCCAAGAACAUGGUGGUGAAUGGCAGGAGAAGUGGAGGCAAGCUGUCUAAUGAACAUCCGCAGAAUCAGUCCAAAUUGCAGCACACUGGAAAGGAGAAUCCAAAGACUGGCAAAAAUGUAGUUGAGAGGAGAUCAAGCAGAUGUAGUGGUGCUUCAGGAUUUGAGGGCCAGAGUCGUUACGUGCCUUCCUCUGGAAUGUCUGCCAAGGAACUGUGUGAAAACGAUGACCUAGCAACUAGUUUGGUUCUUGAUCCUUAUUUAGGUUUUCAGACCCACAAAAUGAAUACUAGGUUUCGACCCAUAAAAGGAAGGCAGGAGGAAUUGAAAGAAGUGAUUGAACGUUUUAAGAAAGAUGAGCACUUAGAAAAAGCCUUCAAGUCCUUGACGUCAGGUGACUGGGCCCGGCACUAUUUUCUUAACAAGAACAAAAUGCAGGAAAGGUUGUUCAAAGAACAUGUAUUUAUUUAUUUACGAAUGUUUGCAACUGACAGUGGAUUUGAGAUUUUACCUUGCAAUCGAUAUUCUUCAGAGCAAAAUGGAGCCAAGAUUGUUGCAACAAAAGAGUGGAAGCGAAAUGACAAGAUAGAAUUAUUAGUGGGCUGUAUUGCUGAACUGUCAGAAAUGGAAGAGAACAUGUUGCUCCGACAUGGAGAGAAUGACUUCAGCGUCAUGUAUUCUACACGGAAAAACUGUGCUCAGCUAUGGCUUGGUCCUGCUGCAUUUAUCAACCAUGAUUGCAGACCUAACUGUAAGUUUGUAUCAACUGGCCGUGAUACAGCAUGUGUGAAAGCUCUAAGAGAUAUUGAACCUGGAGAAGAAAUCUCUUGUUACUACGGGGAUGGCUUCUUUGGAGAGAAUAAUGAAUACUGCGAAUGUUACACGUGUGAAAGACGUGGAACCGGUGCUUUUAAAUCAAGAGUGGGCCUGCCAGCACCUACUCCUGUGAUCAAUAGCAAAUAUGGACUGAGAGAAACGGAUAAACGUUUAAACAGGCUUAAAAAGUUGGGUGACAGCAGCAAAAACUCAGACAGCCAAUCUGUCGGCUCUAACACUGAUGCAGAUACCACUCAGGAAAAAGCUAAUGCAACUAACCGAAAAUCUUCAAUUGGUGUAAAAAAGAACAGCAAGAGUAGAGCAUUAACAAGACAGUCGAUGUCCAGAAUUCCAGCUUCAUCAAAUUCUACCUCAUCUAAACUAACUCAUAUAAAUAAUUCCAGGGUACCAAAGAGACUGAAAAAGCCUGCAAAGCCUUUACUUUCAAAAAUAAAGUUGAGAAAUCAGUGUAAAAGGCCAGAGCAAAAGAAUGCCUCAAGAAAACUCGAAAUGGGAAACUUAGUUCUCAAAGAGCCUAAAGUAGUUCUAUAUAAAAACUUACCCAUUAGAAAGGAUAAAGAAACUGAGGGACCAGUAAAAGUUGCAGUCUCUAGUGGAUGUUUAACAAGACAUGCAGCAAGAGAAUACAAACUAAAUUCUGUGAAAGGUGCUCAUGAGCAUGGUGAAAUAUCACCUUGCACAUAUAUAACCAGGAGGUCAAUGAGAACAAGGAUGAAUUUGAAGGAGACCUCUGACCUACAGCUUGAACCAAAUAUGUUGGAUGGGUAUAAAAAUAACUUGACUGGGACACGAUCAGAUAGUUUAGAGCAGCAGUCUCAUGUGAUUCAUGAAAAUGACCUGGCUCAUGGAAUAUCACAUAAAGGGGAGGGGAGGUGCCAGAAGACUGAUGUGGGAAUGUCCAAAAAGAAAUCGCGACAAGGAAAACUUAUGAAAUCCUCUACAAAAAUGGAAGAAACUGAUCUUACAUACAAUGUACCUGGCAAAGAUGAAGUACCAGAUUUGAUCAGUUCUCAUCCAGAACCUGGAGAGAGGAGUAAUGUAGUGGACACGCCUGUUGGCUAUAAAGACUGUAUUUCUGGGUCUGGUGGGUGCUCUGUUACAUCUGACAAUUUUAAAGCAAAGGAUGGCUUUAGAACUGCAAAAAGUAAAAAGAAAAGACGAAUCACUAGGUAUGAUGCACAAUUAAUCCUUGAAAAUAGCUCUGGGAUUCCCAAACUGACUCUUCGUAGGCGCCAUGAUAGCAGCAGCAAGGCAAAUGACCAAGAAAACGAUGGAAUGAAUUCUUCAAAGAUAAGCAUCAAAUUAAGUAAAGACCAUGAAAAAGAUAAUAAUUUAUAUGUAGCAAAGUUAAAUAAUGGAUUUAACUCAGGAUCAGGCAAUAGUUCAACAAAAUUAAAGAUACAGCUAAAACGAGAGGAUGAGAACCGAGGGGCAUACUCUGAGGACCUUCAUGAAAAUGGCAUGUGUUGUAGUGAUACACUCUCUCUCUUGGGGUCAAGAAUGGAAGUGGAUGAUUAUGGUCAAUACGAGGAGGAAACAGCAGAUGAAUCCUCCUCAGAAGAGGAUGAUGAAGAUGAGGAUGACUAUGAUGAUGAAUUUGAAGAUGAUUUUAUUCCUCUUCCUCCAGCUAAGCGUUUAAGGCUCAUAGUUGGCAAGGAUUCAAUAGACAUUGACAUUUCUUCCAGAAGGAGAGAAGAUCAGUCAUUGAGGCUAAAUGCAUAAGCUUACAGGUCUUAAACUGACCAGGAUGUCCAUUUUUAAACAAAAAAAAUAAUUCCAUUCAAUUAUUCCUCAACUGAAGAACUUUCUGAAAAUUUUAGUGGCAGCACUUCUUUAUUGUUUAGUCACUUAUCAACAUAAUAUUGUAGAAAGUGUACAGCAUACUGACUCUUCUUAAGUCUGAUUUGUGCAGAUUUUUAUUGUACUUUUUAAUAGCCUUCUUAUGUGCAAUUCUGAGUUAGAGUAAGAGGUAAUGCUCUGUUGUAAAAUAAAGGCUCAAGCAAAAUUUAAAAAGUGACAUCAAAACUUUCCAUGCAGGACAAUGAGAACAGAAUAAUGUGGCUACACAAUUAUUUUUAACCUGUUUAAGAGCAUUUGUUUGCUCUUACAAUAUCUGACUAAACAAUAAUUAAAAAAAAAAUCAUAGUAGCAGCAUAUUAAGGUUUUCUAGUAUAUGUUAAUAUCACCAGCAAUGAUCUACAGCUAUUCAAUUUAUUUGCUAGAUGUUUUUUCCCCUCUUGGAGUUUGUCAGUUUUAACACUGUAUGCUGUCCCAGACGUACUGUUUGUGGCCUUUGUUAUAGUAGCAAACCGUUGGUUGGAAGUCAAAUUGAUUUCUUUUAAAAAAAAACAAAACAAAAACAAAAAAACAAAAAAAAACAAAAAAAUUAAAAGGUGUUGACAGUUUGCUGACUUUCUAGUACAUUAUAUGUACCAGGGUAGCAGUAUGCAGAAUACAAGUUUGGAUAUGGUGUAUUUAUUGCUUGUUAUGUAAAUUAAACACCUUGUAUUUAACACUUUUCAAUACUUUUAGAUAAAAUUGUUCUUUGCAAGAAUGAUUGGUGCUUAUUUUUUCAAGAAUUUGCUGUGAAACAAUGUGAUUACAACAGGCAACAUUUAUCCAAUGAACUGCAGCUAUCCUGAAUUGGUUCUACAUAGUUUUCUGUUGCACUUGUAAAAUGCUACAAGGAAUUUAAAGAAAUCUAUUCACUUUAACUUAUGAUAGUUUUAUGAAAUUAAAAAAAAAUCUAAGUCACAGCUUUUGUUCUGUGGUAACCUAUAAAAAUGUUUGUCUUUUGAGAUCCAGUGUAAAGGACUGAAAAAAUAUGUAUAUGUUGUAAAUA